AUGAAUUUGGGUUCUAUCGACUCUGUUCAUUCACCUGGACUGGAAGGAAACGACGCAAGAACUGCAAAGAGGCAGAAAAACCACACUUCACUCGAUACAAGCAGAACGAAUAUCGCUGGUAUGCUAGUCGAUGGACCUACGGGCCUUCGCUCUCCACUAGACAGUAAUACCGCUUUGUGGGAAGAUCUUGUUACCUCUUCCAACAGUGCCACACCCAAGAUUUUAGGCCCUUCAGGCUCCGGCGUCUUAUCGGCGCCUCGUCUCCCGCACCCUCAACGCGUCCUUCCAGCUCAUACAAUGACCAUGCCAAAUGACAGCAAUACCCCUCCCCAACCCUUCAACAGAUUCGACAAUCUCCCUCAACCGCUCAAUAACAGCCCGGUCUUUCUCCCGCAUAUUCCUUGUCCAACAAUGAACCGUCAACGCGCUUAUCCUCGUAUUCACGAUGCUUUCCACGAGCUUCAAAGAAUCCCCUUGGGAGGGGAGCAAGCGGAUCUUCGCAGUGAUGGUUAUCUCGGGGGGCAUUUCCCACCUCAAGUACACCACGCAGGGAUAGAAGGUGAACUGUACCCUUCUCAACAUGCUCGCCCAUGGGGUGGUGUGGGCCCCAUGGCCAUUACAGGUAACGGCUGCGGAGCAGGAGAAACCAACUUUUUCCCCGAUGCUCAUCACUUUGCGAUUAGCGGCGGCACGUUCAACAUUAUCAAUAAUCACGAGGACGAGGCUACGAAGAAUUCAAGGAUUGACCUCGCAUGGAGGACCGAGAGAAAGGUGGAUAGUAUACUCGCCGAACUCAGGCUCACAAAACUUGACCCACUUCUCGCUCGUAAGGCGAUCUACGACGCUGACUUGGGGGCCGGGGCGACAGUGACCCGUGAACCAUGCACCGCAGGCACUCGCGAGCAAAUUCUAAAGGAGAUAAUUGCAUGGGCUGACGACAUCUCGGCGGACAGCCCACCUGUCUUCUGGCUGACCGGCCAAGCUGGCGCUGGAAAGACAACGAUCGCAUAUACCAUCGCUGAACACUUCGAUGAGCUUGAGGAUACUGGACCACACACCGUCUUAGGCGGGAACUUUCUCUGCUCCCGCCAAUUUGAGGAGACAAAACGACAGAUCCACAUCAUUCCUACCCUUGUAUACCAGCUUGCUCGCAAGUCGAGAUCGUACGCCCAUGCCUUGCAUGAAGCAGAUAGGUUCGACUCAGUCAACAAGCUCACCAAGCAAAUGAAGGACCUCCUUGUGGGCCCAUGGCAGCAGUCCGAAUCCGGACGUCAUGUGGAGCUCCCACCUUACCUCAUCGUCGUUGACGCAUUGGAUGAGAUCGAGGCCGAUGGAGGGUCUCUGUUUCUUCAAAACUUACUCGAGACAAUCAACCAGCGUCGCCUGCGAGGUCUCAAGUUUCUUAUCACGAGCCGGCCAGAUCGUCGCAUCGAGAACCUCUGCAAGACCUUCUCGUUCAAGGCAGUCUGCCGCCUGCAAGACGUGCCGAUUGAGCGUGUAGGACUAGAUAUCACCCAGUACUUACAGACCAAACUUCCAAACUUUGCAGACAAGCCGGAGCGCGAGACUAUGGAACAGCUAGCAGGCGGCCUUUUUAUUGCAGCAGCAACCAUCGUGAGGUAUUUGACACCACGUGGCACUCGACCGAUAACAGAAAAUGAGCAACGCAUUCUACUGGAAAAGCUGUGUGAGGGGCAAUCAUUUUCGUCAUCGGGUGCACAGCAGCCAUUGCUCAUUGACAAGCUCUACCAACAAAUCAUGCUUGAUGCCUUUUGUAACCUUGACCGUGACCUCUUCAACUCUCGUUUGCGCAUUCUCCAUACCUUCCUCUGUACAUUCGAACGCACACCAGCGUCUUUUACUGCUGCCCUCCUCUCUGAAUCUGAAGAGACUGCAAUCACCGUCUUGAAAGAACUUCAUGCAGUUCUUUAUUGCAAAGAUGGCCAGGUCCUUUGGUACCAUGCAUCAUUUCCUGACUUUGUCUUCAAUCAUGCUCGCUCAACAUUCAAGCUUGGCAGUCAUCAGAUGUCCGCAACAUGUGAUCAGGCCCAACACCAUGCUUUUCUUACGAAAUGUUGCUUUGACCGCAUGAAGGAGUUGCUCCGUUUCAAUAUCGGUGACAUAACAUCCUCGUUUUUACUUGACACUGAGGACCCAAAGCUGAUGCAGCGGGUUGGCACCAAUAUCAAACCGGUCCUGAGGUAUGCCUGUCGGCACUGGGCUCAGCAUUUGGCCCAAACUGGUCAAAAAGAUGGGGAGGAUCUCAGUGACUAUAUCACUGACUUCCUCUGUAUUCGUGUUCUCUUUUGGAUUGAGGCUAUGAACCUACUUGGAUCCAGUGGUAAGUGUAGCACAAUGCUUCAGCACACAUGUGGGUGGGUUCUGAAGAAUAUGAACAAGGAAGCUGAGCUUGCUGCCAACAUUGCUGAGGCACGCAAUUUUGCCACAUACUUUGCUGGAAAUCCACCAGCUUUGUCUACACCACACUUGUAUAUCUCAACAUUGGCGUCCUGGUCAACAGGAUCCAUUAUGUCUCAACAGUGGAGAGAAAAGUUCCGUGGCAUCCCAUCCUUCACUCAUAGGAAGGCUAGUGAUGUGCCACUGAUAGUAAUAGAAAUGGAUGCAUCCAUUUACUCUGUUGCCUUCUCCACUGACAGCACCCACAUUGUCACUGGCUCAGACAAUUCUGUGCAGGUGUGGGAUGCAUCAACUGGGGCUGAGUUGAAGCUACUUAAGGGCCACAGGGCUUCCAUCUUGUCUGUCGCCUUCUCUACUGAUGGCACCUACAUUGUCAGUGGCUCAAUAGACAGAUCUGUGCGGGUGUGGGAUGUGUCAACUGGGGCUGAGCUGAAAGUGCUCAAUGGCCACAUGUAUUGGGUCUCGUCUGUUGCCUUCUCCACUGAUGGCACGCACAUUGUCUCUGGCUCAUGUGACAAAUCUGUGCGGGUGUGGGAUGCAUCAACUGGGGCUGAGCUGAAGGUGCUCAAUGGCCACAUGGAAGUGUCCAUACUGUCUGUCGCCUUCUCCACUGAUGGCACCCACAUCGUCUUUGGCUCAGAUGACAAAUCUGUGCGGGUGUGGGAUGUGUCAACUGGGGCUGAGCUGAAGGUGCUCAAUGGUGUCAACUCUGUUGCCUUCUCCACUGAUGGCACCCGCAUUGUCUCUGGCUCAUGGGAUAAAUCUGUGCGGGUGUGGGAUGUGUCAACUGGGACUGAGCUGAAGGACAAAUCUGUGCGGGUGUGGGAUGUGUCAACUGGGACUGAGCUGAAGGUGCUCAAUGGCCACAUGGAUGGUGUCUCAUCUGUUGCCUUCUCCACUGAUGGCACCCACAUUGUCUCUGGCUCAUAUGAUAAAUCUGUGCGGGUGUGGGAUGUGUCAACUGGGGCUGAGCUGAAGGUGCUCAAUGGCCACAUGCAAUCCAUCACGUCUGUUGCCUUCUCCACUGAUGGCACCCGCAUGGUCUCUGGCUUAGAUGACAAAUCUGUGCGGGUGUGGGAUGUAUCAACUGGGACUGAGCUGAAGGUGCUCAAUGGCCACAUGUCAGGUGUCUCAUCUGUUGCCUUCUCCACUGAUGGCACCCGCAUCAUCUCUGGCUCAUGUGAUAAAUCUGUGCGGGUGUGGGAUGCAUCAACUGGGGCUGAGCUGAAGGUGCUCAAUGGCCACAUAAAUGCUGUCACCUCUGUCACCUUCUCCACUGAUGGCACGCACAUUGUCUCUGGCUCAUAUGACAAAUCUGUUCGGGUGUGGGAUGCAUCAACUGGAGCUGAGCUGAAGGUGCUCAAUGGCCACAUGCAAUCCAUCUCCUCUGUCACCCUCUCCACUGAUGGCACUCAUAUGGUCUCUGGCUUAGAUGACAAUUCUGUGAGGGUGUGGGAUGCAUCAACUGGGGCUGAGCUGAAGGUGCUCAAUGGCCACACAGGUUGGGUCCAAGCCGUUGCCUUCUCCACUGAUGGCACCUGUAUUGUCUCUGGCUCAUGUGACAAAUCUGUGCGGGUGUGGGAUGUAUCAACUGGGGCUGAGCUGAGGGUGCUCAAUGGCCACACAGAAGCCAUCUGCUCUGUCGCCUUUUCCACUGAUGGCACCCACAUCGUCUCUGGCUCAUGGGACAACUCUGUGCGAGUAUGGGAGGCAUCAACAGGAGCUCAGGUGAAGGUGCCAAAUAUUCACACACAUCCACAAAAUUCUAUUACCUCUCCUGCUGAUAACACCUGUGACACCUUAGAUGAUCCUUACCCUGCUUGGACUACUGAUCGAUACCCUUGGAUGUGUUCUGUACUUGGUGGAUAUCGGCUCAUGUGGGUGCCAGAGGUGGCUUAUCCAUACACCCUUCUUGUAAUUUCCCGUCAACCAUCUGCCAUCAUCAACUUUCGAGGUUGCAAGAUCGGCCAUGAUUGGGCUGGCUGUUACACACCCACCUAA